UGCCCCCAUACUCUGAGCAGACCUCUGUCUUUUCCAGUCUGGCUGGACCCUGUCAUAAUGUCGACUCUUUUAAUUUGGUUUGUUUUUAUGAGUUUGAACAUACUCCUGAAAACAGGACACUGCACAAGAAUACGUGACGAAAUUCUAUCAAUCACCCCAAAAACAGAAGAACAAGUAGACAUCUUGAAGAAUGUUUCCACAGAAUAUAAGACAGUCCUGUGGCAGCCUGCUUCAGCUGAGUACAUCAGAGAAGAAAUGCAGGUCCACCUCUUUGUCCCUGCAAACAGCUCCGGGACAGUCAAGGAUCUACUGAAGAAACAUCACAUAACACACGAGGUCUUACUGGAUAAUGCUAACGAGCUGAUUGAACUGCAGAUGAGGAAUGCCUCCAGUGACCCACGAAGCAGCUCAACGUUUUAUGAGAGAUAUCACACCCUGGAGGAUAUCUAUGACUGGAUUAAUAGGACCGCGCAAGACAACCCCAGAACAGUCAAAGCCAUCCUUAUUGGUUCUUCAUAUGAGAAGCGACCGCUGUAUGUACUCAAGCUGUCUUUUAACGACAGGCCAAAUAAGACAGCCAUGUGGAUUGACUGCGGGAUCCACGCCAGAGAGUGGAUCGCUCCUGCUUUCUGCUUGUGGUUCAUACACUAUUCUUUGUCAUUUUACGGGCAAAACACAGACAUUACGCACAUCCUGAACAGCAUGGAUGUCUACAUCCUGCCCGUCUUGAACCCUGAUGGCUACAAAUACACUUGGACGGGAAGUGAGGAAAGGAUGUGGAGGAAGAACCGUUCCAUCAGCAAGGCAACUAAUUGCAUCGGCGUUGACCUCAACAGAAACUUUGAUGCCAACUGGUGCACUAAGGGAGCCUCUCAUAAUCCUUGCUCUGAGAUCUACUGUGGGGAGUUUCCUGAGUCCGAGCCAGAGUCACAGGCUGUGGCCGACUUCCUGCGCAGACACAAGGACACAGUUCAACUCUACGUCAGCAUCCACUCUUACUCCCAGAUGCUCCUCUUCCCAUAUUCCUGCACCUUGGAGGAAGCAGAGAACCACAGCGAUUUGCUUGAGAUGGCCCAAGAAGCUGCCCAGAACAUCAGAAGAUAUUACAGGAACACCUACAGAUAUGGUGCUGGAGCAGCGACAAUAUACCUGGCUCCGGGCGGUUCUGAUGACUGGGCAUACAACCUCGGCAUCAAAUAUUCCUUCACAUUUGAGCUCCAGGACCGCGGGAAUAAGGGCUUCCUGUUACCACCUUCUCACAUAGCCGGUGCCUGCAAUGAAGCUCUGCUCGGGGUCAAGAUCAUUGCUCUCAAGGUUAUAGAGAAAACACGAGCUCCGACAGGCCAUUCCACGAUCUAAGCAGCUUUGUGAAUGUAAUGUGAUAAACACUAAAUAGACUGAAUACAGAUUACAGUUUAGCCUAAUUAUUUGUGGUGCAUUUGUUUUAGCAUUCCUCUAACAUAUUGUAUCUUAAGAGGUGUCUGUCUUACAGAGAUUGGGUGUACGCCAGUAAAGAAAAGCAACUGAAAUCUGUUAAUCCAGGUAUACUGACCCCUCGGGAAAUAAGGGGUCACUUUAUUUCCCAAGGGGUCAGUAUACCUGGAUGAUAGAUCCAUACGUUGAUUUAACUCUGGAUGCACUUCCUGACACAACCCCCCAGAUAACUGGGGGUACACUAGCUUGUGAUCCCUGAUGCUGAGUUUGUGUCUUCUCGCAGUGUCAAACUGGGGCUCUUUCACAUGUAAGUGUGUUGACUCACUGCUACAUCAGAGCCACUGCUGACAGUGCCGACAGAUACUCAGUGCACAUGAGUUCCUGACUCAAAGCUAAACUGUUGUGCUUAUAUCACACAGAUACAUUAAUGUGACUGCUAUUAUUUCUAGAAAGAUCAAAAUCAGUAUUUCAAUAUUGUUGGUGAUGUUUGUUAAUGUACGUACUCUUAAUAAAACAUUAUCCAAAGAAUAU